AUGGCGCCCGCGCCGCCAUCACUAAAGAUGGCGCUGACGCAGAGAGCGGCUCGCCGGCGCGCAUGCGCGAAGAGGGCGGAGCGCGAUUGGAGUUUUGGCGGGUGCUUGGAGAGCGCGGGAGGCGGUGAGCGGGGCUGUGGGGGGAGGCCUGGGGAGAGUCUGUUUGGCCUUGGUGGCUCUGGAAGGAAUCCUGGUGAGAUCAUGGAUGGUGAUGAAGAUUUGGAUCUGUUGGUCUCCCUCCUGGAAGAAAAUGAGGAGGCUGAAAAGGAGAAUUCUCCUGAGGAGGAAGAUACCCCAAAGGAUGAGAAGGGAGAAGCAGAUGAGUAUGAUGAGCUCUUUGAUGCAGAAGAUGAUGCAUCAUACACUGAGGAGGUGGAUGCUGACAGCAUAAUUGAUGAGCAAAAGGAGAACCUGGCUGUGCUGUUUGGAGAUGUGGAUGACCUGCUGGAAGAAGAGGAGGCAGAAAACACUGUCUCUGCUUCAGUUCCCAGUCAGGGAGAAGAGAAAACCAAUGAAGAAUUACAAGCUGAGUUGAGAAAAUUGCAAGAACAGAUGAAGAUGUUACAGGAGCAGCUGCAGAAGACUGCCAUCGGGCAGCAAUCCAGUUCAGACCCUGAGCAGAAAGCCCCUGGCAAAUCUCUCUGUCCACCCUUAAAGGAAAGGAAAGUUCAGAAGCUGCAGGAGUCUCUGUGUUUUUCUGCCCAGCUGGACAAUCCUUUACCAACAGCCAAGAGAGGAAACCAGAAAUCAAAAGCCUCCCCAGCAGAGACCAAGACUCCUCCCCCACGACAAGUCCUCAGUCUGGCAUUCCAGCCUCUCAAGUCUGCCCCAGGGAACACACCCAGUAAGGUGCCCAGAGAGAAGACUGCUCACGUGCCUGCAUGCUCCACUACAGCGCUGCAGCCCGUGUCUGUGGAAACCUUCUCAGGACUGAGAUUAAGAAAACCCCGGGUCUCAUCAGCUGAGAUGGACAGAAAAAUGGCUAACAGGAGGCUGAUCCGGCUGUCCCAACUGAAGCACAAACUUGCUACUGAAAAUCUAGAGGAAACAGAUUGGGUAACAUUUGGAGUCAUAGUAAAGAAAGUCACUCCUCAGAGCACAAAUAACGGCAGAACCUUCAGCAUCUGGCGGCUGAACGACCUGCGUGACCUCAGUCAGUGCACCUCGCUCUUCUUGUUUGGGGAUGUCCACAAAGAGCUCUGGAAGACAGAGCAAGGCACGGUCAUCGGGCUGCUCAAUGCUAAUCCUAUGAAACCUAAGGAAGGCUCAGAUGAGGUGUGUUUGUCUGUUGAUCACCCACAGAAGAUCCUGCUCAUGGGUGAAGCUCUGGAUAUGGGCACCUGCAAAGCCAGGAAGAAGAAUGGCGAUCCCUGCGCGCAGAUUGUGAACCUGAAUGACUGUGAGUACUGUCAGUAUCACAUCCAAUCCCAGUACAAGAAGCUGAGCUCAAAGCGGGCAGAUCUGCAGUCUACCUUCUCUGGUGGCCGCAUUCCCAAAAAACUUGGUAGGAAAACCCCCAGUUUGAAGGAGAGGCUGUGUCAGGAUGGGUUCCACUACGGAGGAGUCUCUUCAACAGCGUAUGCGGCUUCAGUGGCGGCUGCUGCAGUGCCAAAACGGAAGGUUCAGACCACUCUCUCCAAUAUGGUCGUGAGAGGAGCUGAUGCAAUUGUCCAGGAAACCAGGCAGAAAAUUGGUGCAGCAAAGAGACCUAUGCCAUGUUCUGAGGAAUUCAAAGAACUGCUGGCACAGCCAACAUUUGGAGCAAGAAACCUCUGCAAGCACUGGACCAAAGCAGAUGCUGGAAAGAAGCAAGAGACUGGUUUCCAGUCUAUCUCUGCAUCAGCAUUGCUCAAACAACAGAAACAGAAAUUGCUGGAGGCCAGGAAAAAGCGAUCUGAAGAGAUUCAGAGAAGGUUUCUCCAGAACACAAGUAAAGCUGGAAGCCCUGCUCUCCCAUCCACCUCCAGGCAGCCUUCACUUCUGUCCCCAAAACCCGGGGCAGAAUUCCCUAAAGCUGCAAAAAUAUCAGUUCCUCCAAGGCCCAGGCUGGGCACGGGCUUCUCAGAAGGAGAAGAUAUCCUUUUCUUUGAUGGAUCUCCCCCUCCAACACCAAAGCUGGACAGCUUGGCAGAAGCCAAAAAGCUGGCUGCAAUACACAGACUACGAGCAAAAGGCCACAUUCUUGCUAAAUCUGAUCCAAACAGCAUCAAGAGGAAAAGAGCUGAUCUUGAUGAUGUCCUAGAAAUUGUUGAAAGAGUUGAGAAAAACGUUGCUCAACCACAGAAAGCAGAAGCAGAGGAUGAUGUGGAUGAACAGGAACCUGCCCAGAAGAAAAGACGUGAGCAGCUGGCCUACCUGGAGUCAGAAGAGUUUCAGAAGAUCCUGAAUGCCAAAUCCAAGCACACGAGUGUCCUCAAAGAGGCUGAAGCUGAGCUACAAGAGCAAUACUUUCAGCCGCUGGUGAAAAAAGAAGAAAUAGAAGAGAAGAUGAGGAGCAUUAAAGAAGUGAAAUGUCGAGUGGUAACGUGUAAAACGUGUAAUUACACCUACUUCAAGCCUCUGGAGACCUGUGUGCAGGACAACCACGACUACCACUGGCACGAUGGCAUCAAGCGGUUUUUCAAAUGUCCUUGUGGCAACCGAGCUGUUGCCCUUGACAGGCUCCCAAAAAAGCCCUGCAGUACCUGCGGCCUCUUCAAGUGGGAGCGAGAUGGGAUGCUGAAGGAGAAAAAAGGUCCAAAGAUUGGUGGAGAAACGCUUCUACCACGAGGGGAAGAACAACCAAAAUUCCUCAAUAGCCUGAAGUGACCUGAAGGUGAUGUUUUCCCAACACACGGAUGAAUUUCUAUGCCUAACCCACACGUUUCUUUACUGGAACGCCAGGAGGAUUCUGGCUUUAGGGAUGAAUGAGCAGAGAAAUCAAUUCCUUGUGAGAAGGGCAUCCACAAAGUCUUUGCCAAACCACUGCAUGGAUAUCCAGCUUUGAUCUUAAAAGUGACUGAAUAAGGCUGCGUGUGAAAUACACAUUCGUGUCUGCUCUUUCUUAGCAACAGCUUGUUUACAAGACUUAACCUAGAAAAGAGAAUGGUAGUGUGGAAUCUGUACUGAGAAAACCCUAGGAAUCCCCCCAACUUAUGUUAUGUUCAGCUGUACCAGAUUUUUUAAAGGGAAGAAUUCCUGAACUGGAAGGACUACAGACUCUACAGGCACUUGUGAAUUUAGUGGUGUGUGUAAUGCCAACCUCGUGCUUUUUUCACAUGGCAGAAAAAGGGUUAAGAGGAUUCUACUCACACAAUAGUCCUCCUCACCCCAAAAUUGCUCCCUUUGAUUACUCAGGAACAGAUUUCAGGUGGUUCCUGGGUCAUCAUCUUGACUUCUGACUUCAAAAAUGCAUCUGUGCCUUUGGCAGUGCAAGCUCACAAUGUCUGCGCUGUAGAUUGGCCAGAGCUCCAUGCUGGAUUCCCACCAUCUGCACUCCAUUAGUACAGCUCCAGCUCCCGCUUUGGAAAGGGUAUUUCAAUGAAUCUGGCGCUGCUUUGUGAGCGCUUUUAAAGGGAACAGUGCUUACAUUUCAUAGCUUUUACCCUUAUUUCUCUCUCUUAAAAUCCUUCCCUGUUAUUACCACGCAGAACUCUGAUGCUGGCACAGCUGCCAGGGGGCCAGGAGCUGUCUGAGAUGAAGUAAAAGCAGGGUUCCCCUGGCUGGCUUAGCAGGAGGGCUGUCCUCCACAGACUUUCUCUGACAGUGCAGUGCUGUAGGGCUGCCAGCUGAAUUCAGCCAGCUUUACCUGAACCUGGUUUUUCUGUUGCCUCUGACCUGUGCUCAGUGGGUGUUUUUAGGUACCUGCACUCACCAGCUCUGUGUUCUGGUGAAACAGCUGCAAUCUCCUGUCCCAGUGGCCCCAUCAAUACCUCUUCAGUUUGCUUGCACAAGGGCUGCAAGUAAGUGACUGUUUUAAGCAUCUGCCAGUUUACCUCCAUACUCCGCAGCCCUCAUCUCCCAGUGGUGCUUUUGUUGGGCAGAUUUGCUCAGCACAUUCCAUUCAUUUCAGUCUUGUUUUGAUGCCGUUUGUUGGGCGGCAGAGGGGUGUCACUGACUGGUGACUGCAACUAUGGAACUGUCACACUGCUUGGAAAUGUCUGCUCUUGACUCGUUCAAAAUAAACACUGUGCAAUAGAGUGCC